UUUUCUUCACCUUCACAUUUCACAGUCGCACAGAGAGAGAAAACCCAGAAAAGAGAGCUUCACAUACUCUGCUCUCUCUCUCUCUCUCUCUCUUCUUGGCUUUUAUCUUAAUUUUCCUUCUAUUUCUUCCAUUGUUUUAAAUCUCAAAGUAGUUAAUUUCAGUCAUAUUAUCAAAGGUAAACCCAGCAAUUCAUCUGUCAAAAAUCACUUUCUUCACCAAUUUCCCUUUCCCUUCACUCUUUCAUCCACUUGCCAGAUCCCCCCCUUUCAAAAUGCUUCUGUAAUUGUAAUCUCUUUGCUUAUGUUUAUUUUCUCUGUAAUAUACACAUUAAAAGAAAAUCUGGGUGUGGCUUCAUUUCCCCAUUUGUUGGACAAAUCAAAGCUUAGAUAAUUGGGGGUCAGAUACAGGAGGUUGAACAUGAAUGGAAACAGGCAAAUGGAGGUUCAUUUUAUAGAUACAGGCUUUCCUUAUACUGCUACUGAAAGCUUUAUGGACUUUUUUGAAGGUCUAGCACAUGUUCCUGUGAAUUACACUCAUGCUGGACUGAUGCAUGAUCAGGAAAAUAUGUACUGGUCAAUGAGUAUGAAUGCAUACAAAUUUGGGGUUUCGGGUCCGGAGAGUACACUUUACUGUCCAAAUGAGGUAAAUGAUCAUUUGACAAGAAUGGAUGCCCCGAGGACUUGGGACUACCCAUCGACGCAGAAUUCUGAACAGCCUACAAUUUUAGAUGUGCGAGAUGCAGUUGUUGGCAUGCAUGCUAUACCUGAAGAAUACACUCCAAAUCAUCAAAGCAAUAGUAAUUAUCAGGUGGUUUGGCAAGACAAUAUCGACCCAGAUAACAUGACCUAUGAGGAAUUGCUCGAUUUAGGGGAGGCAGUUGGAAGUCAAAGUCGGGGUCUGUCCCGGGAGCUUAUUGAUUUGCUUCCAACCUCAAGAUGCAAGUUUGGAAGUUUCUUAUUUAGGAAAAAGUCUAGAGAGAGCAGAUGUGUCAUAUGCCAGACGAGGUACAAAAUCGGCGAGCGCCAAAUGAAAUUGCCAUGCAAGCACGUUUACCACUCGGAGUGCAUCAUGAAAUGGCUUAGCAUCAACAAGGUAUGCCCCGUCUGCAACAACGAAGUAUUCGGUCAAGAACCAAGGCAUUAAAGGCAUCAAAAUCCGACAAGCAUUAAGAGAGCAAUCAUGGGUUGGCAUCUUUCCUUCCUUUAAAACUUUGUUUCAUUAGCUUUCGACGAUAAAAUCGAUCACUUUUGG